AUGGCUUCACAAUCCGUGGCAAAGGUGGCUCAAGCUGCUAAUCGUGUUAUUCCCGUUCACAAGAAACACACCGUCCAAUCCACCGGCAUCUGGGAAACUAUCCGUCGCUUCCUCGCCGUCGAUCCCACCCGCUCCAACGGCGUCCCCCUCAACCCUCAAUUCCGCAAUCCGCCCCCCGGAUCCAACGAACCCUUUUCCUUCAUCGACCCGGUUACUCUCCCGGCAGGCGAUAUUGCCGAAAAUCCCUACUGGAAACGCGAUUCCCGCCGCUCGUAUCCGCAGUUGAGUUUUGUGGGGCAGAGCGAUGUGGUGGGUUUGUUGAGUGUGGGGAGUGAGGCGGCGCCGCGCAAGGAGUUGGUGGGGGAGGAGGGAGUGAAGGAGUUGGUUAGGGUUGGGGAGGAGGGGAAGGGUGGGUUGGCGAGGUUUCUUGGGGGGGAGAUGGAGGGGAGUGUGUUGGAGGUGUUGGGGAAGGGGGGGUUGCCGCCGACGCCCGCGAGUGUGAGUCCGAGUUUGAGAGUGGAGGGGGAUAAGUAUCAUUUGACAGAGGAGAAUGCGUAUCCUGAGCAAUAUCCAUGCCGAACUUUCAAAUAA